AUGUCCUCAUUAGAUCAUGAGAAUAAUACAAUAAGCCUGCAGGAGCUUAGCAAAGAGCCUCUGCUUGCCGUCCCACCUCAUUACAUUCAGUUGGAUCAAGAAUCGCCAUGUUCUUCUCCAAGCCAUCUAAUGCCAGCUAUUCCCAUCGUUGACAUGGAAAGUAUGACUCUUGGCCAAGCCAAGGAUUUUGAACUACAAAAGCUGCAUUCAUCUUGCAAAGAAUGGGGUGUAUUUCAGGUGGUGAACCAUGGAGUUAGCUCUUCAGUAGUGGAGAAAUUGAAAUACGAAAUUGAAGAAUUUUACAAGCUACCUUUAGAAGAGAAGAUGAGGUACAAGCUGAGGCCUGGUGAUGUUGAAGGUUAUGGCCAAACAAUUGCUAACUUAACAGAUCAAAAUAUUGAUUGGGGUGAUAGGUUUCUUAUGGUAAUCAACCCCAUCCAUAAGAGAAAUCCCCAUCUCCUACCAGAGCUCCCUUCAUCCCUUAGAGAAGCCAUGGAGGCUUACUUUAAAGAAACCCAAAAGCUUGCCAAGGUUUUGUUUAAACUCAUUGGGCAAGCUCUGGAAAUAGAUAAGAGAGAAAUGGAAGACAUGUUUGAAGAUGGGCUGCAAUUAGUUAGGAUGAAUUACUAUCCUCCAUGUCCCCAACCAGAGCUGGUUGUGGGACUUAGGCCUCACUCAGAUGCUAGUGGACUCAGCAUUCUUCUUCAAGUCAAUGGGGUGGAAGGCUUACAAGUGAAAAAGAAUGGAGUCUGGGUUCCUGUGAACAUCCUCCCAAAUGCCUUUGUGCUUCAUAUAGGAGAUGUUAUGGAGGUUCAUACAUUCUCUCUAGCUUAUUUGUUGUAUAAUGCAACUAAAAUAUGCAUAUGUCUGACUUUACAUGGAUAA